AUGGCCAAGAUUAACUUAAUGAGGCAACUCAUUCUGGCCCUAAUGAUUUACAGUGCGGCCACCGCCAAGGAGCACCUGCGGAUUCGCAGAUUAGCAGCGGCGGAAUCGGCCACAGAAGCCCUACCCAAUGCCAGCCAGGUAAUUGCUUCCGAAGAAGGCAGCGAUGCCCAAACCGAGGUGCCAAGUCUAGAGGAGACAAAGGCCGUCGAAAUAAAUAAUAAAACCGAGCCUGUGGCCAAAAGUCCAGUGCCGGCGGAAAAUGUGGAGACUCGUAACUCGGCAUAUGAUUUACCGGCCAAUUCGGAUCAGUCCAGCAGCGCCCAGGGUUCCGAGGAGGAUAGUAUCUACUACGACAAUGCCCCCGUGGAGUGCCAGCCCGAACUGGUGGGAUUCGAGAUUGUAACAGGCUAUGUAUUCUCUGCUCCCGAAAAACUGAUGGAUUCACAGCCGGGUACACUGAUGCUCACCGAUUGCCUGGACACCUGUCGGAAGAACAAAACCUGCCAGUCAGUGAACUACGAGACCGGGCUCUGCGUGCUCUUCUCCGCCCAUGCCGAUCAAUUACCGGGCGCCCUAACAAAGUCGCAGUUCCCCGUGUUCACAAUCUAUGCCCAAAAAUCAUGCCUCUCGGUGAAGCCCUGCUCCCGGGCCUGGUACGUCGAUCGUGUGCAAAAUUACAAGCUCAAGACGGAAGUUAAGCGUACCGUGUCGCUGGCGUCCAGACGCGAGUGCUUUGAACUUUGCCUGAGCGAAACAGAAUUCACAUGCAGAUCGGCCAAUUAUGAUCGCUCCUCUGGCGCCUGUGAGCUAAGCGAGUUGGAUCGCCUUACCCUGGCCGGGUCACAGGCUUUCCAGAUCAGCGAGGGUACCGAUUACCUCGAGAAUCACUGUGUCGAUGAACCAAACAAGUUGUGCGAAUUCAAACGUCUGCCGGGUCGCAUUCUAAAGACAGUGGACUCGGUUUAUCAGGAGGUCAGCAGCAUUGACGAAUGCCGGGAACUGUGUCUCAAUUCACCUUAUAGGUGCCACUCCUAUGAUUACAACGAUACUGGAGACAUGGUUUGCCGUCUCUCGCAUCACAGUAGAGCCACCUUGGCCGAUGUUCAGGAGCCUUUCCUGGAGGUGCCAGAGGCCUCGACCUAUGAGCUCACCUCCUGCUACAAUGUUACCAUUGAGUGUGGCGGUGGCGACAUGCUGGCCCGCAUUCGCACCUCCAAGCUCUUCAACGGCAAGGUGUACGCCAAGGGUUCGCCCAAGUCCUGCUCGGUGGAUGUGAAGAGCGCCUUGGACUUUGAGCUGCGGAUGAACUAUCACGAUCUGGAGUGCAAUGUGCGACAGAGCACGGCGGGUCGCUAUGUUAACGACAUCAUUAUCCAGCACCACGACAUGAUUGUGACGUCCUCUGACUUAGGAUUGGCUCUGGCCUGUCAGUACGAUCUGACCAACAAGUCGGUCAGCAAUGGCGUUGACCUGGAUGUGCGCGGUGACAUUAUGCCGGCUCUGUCCGAGGAGGUCAUUGUGGAGUCACCGAAUGUAAUCAUGCGCAUUACAUCGCGUGAUGGCUCCGAUAUGAUGCGUUCCGCCGAGGUGGGCGAUCCGCUGGCCCUGAAGUUCGAGAUUGUUGACGAGCAGAGUCCGUAUGAGAUCUUCAUUCGGGAGCUGGUGGCCAUGGACGGUGUGGAUAACUCGGAGAUUACGUUGAUUGACUCAAAUGGCUGCCCCACUGAUCACUUCAUCAUGGGACCAAUCUACAAGGGUUCAAUUUCCGGCAAAAUGCUGCUCUCCAACUUCGAUGCCUUUAAGUUCCCCUCGAGCGAGGUGGUCCAGUUCCGAGCUUUGGUCACGCCGUGCAUGCCCAGCUGUGAGCCGGUGCAGUGCGAACAGGAGGAUACUAGUGGAGAGUUCAGGUCCUUGUUGUCCUAUGGCCGCAAGCGCAGAUCGCUGAAUACAACUGAUGAUCAUCCCAGACCACGACGGGAUAUUGAGGCAACCAAGUCCAAGUCCACACCCAGCGACAUGCUGCUGGUGCAGUCCAUUCAGAUAACGGAUAAGUUUGGCUUUAAGCAGGAUAAACAGGAGAGCGGGGAUUAUUAUGAUGGCAAUGAAACCACCUUUACGGCCAACGAAGAGGGUCAUGGAUUCUGCGUUAACGCCAUUGGUCUUAUUACCGCUGCCACCAUUUUCUUGCUAACCCAGUUGGCCGUGAUCGCCAUUUGGACGUACUGCUAUCAACGCCGCCAGAAACUGCAGCCGUAUCAGCAUUCAUACUAAGAGCACAGAUUCGAACCGAAUGCAAUAUUCAUAUAACUUACAGCAUUAACGUCUAAGCUUCAAAAGGUGCAAUCAAUAUUUACGAAAAGUUAUGCUAAUUAAUAACGAAUACCCGUCGU